AUGGCACCAUUAACCAAAAGAAGUAAACAACUUCUAAAAGCUCCCCCAGUAAUACAAAAUCAAACACUCAUAGAACCACCAAUUGACCUUAAUAUUUCCUCAACAUUCAGUAAUAAAGCUGUAAAAGCUAAAAAGGAAUUAAUGAAUAAAAUCAAUAUUUUACCUGAGAAGCAAAUUUUUUCAUGUUCCAAAUUGCUUGAAAUAAUGAUGGUCAAAGAGAAUAAACAUACCUAUACACCUGAGUUCAUUGCUCUAGUGACCCAAAUGAGCAAUAUAGGUCAAUCAUCAUUGUCAUCAACGGUACAAUGCACAAGGGAAUUCUUUACUUUCCUGGUUGGUGAUUCCCCUGAUACUUGGAUCUCAACAAGUACUUUAUCUAAAUGGAAUCAAGAUGUAGCAAGAAUAACAGUUUCAGAAAAUCUUCCAGGGACCACUUCUCAAUUCUCAUCAUAUGGGAUCGUGGCAGAUGAAAGUACAAGAGGUGAUAAAAAAAUAUUUUUAGUAUGUGUCUCACAUUGGAAUGUAGUAGAAGAGAAACCUAUACUUACAAUCCUGAACAUGAAGGAUCUGGAUCGUUCUGAUACUAACUCAAGUCACCCUCUACCAAAUGGAUAUCGUGCUCAUCAAAUGCCUGACAUGGUACAAACCUGGAUUAGUGAAUUAGAGAAUAUUGUGCAUGAACCUGAAAAAAUCUUCAUGGAUGAAUUAUUGGCAGCUUCUGAUCAUUUAAAUGAACAGGAAUUCUUGAAUUUAGCUCAAAGAAUGCAAAUUGGGAUUGAAAAAACUUCAAAUGCUUUCAAAAAAUGGUUGAUUACCUGGAUUAAAUUUCUGCUUUGCAUAUGCAGUCUUGGAGGAGAGCAUGGUCCCGAAUUUGCACAAGCCAUUCUCCAUGUAAUUUUUUCUCAUCCUUUUCCUGAUGAUCAACCUACAGUAAUAGUAAAAAAAUAUAUAGGAAGAUUAAAUAAGAAUUUAGAAGAUCAGAGUAAUUCAUUAGGGUUAUUUGAAGCAUUGGAAAAAAAUAACUUUAGAGAGCAGUUUGUUGCAUUUUCAAAAGCUAAUUACAUUCAGUUAAAAGAAUUUCCAUUGAUAUAUGAUUUCGUUAGGCAUCGUAUCUGGUCAAUAAUAGUUCAUCAACAGCAUCUUGAGGGAAUGUUUAAUAGGUUUGAUAUUAGAACUCAUCCAAACAUGUUACGAUGUUGA